ACCAUCCGUUGAAAAGAGUGAGGUGGGGGUGAAAAGCACGUCAAGCUCUCUAGGCAGCUCGAACGAUCACAGCGUGUGCUGGUACGUUUCAGUGAGCUCAACCGGAGUUAAUCGUUUAGACCAGCGAAGGAAGCGAAUGAGAUUUCAACCGAGUCGCACACAGUGAGUGGAUCGGACAGGGCAGCACCAACCCCAUUUCUCUUCAGCAGCCUGAUAAAUACACCCAGAUGGACAACAGGAACGCGUCUGAUGACAAGCCCGUUCAGCGUUCUAAGUCUUUCGGUUUAAAGACCCAGAACGAGACGUGUGCAACAUGUGAGAAAACGGUUUAUCCGAUGGAGAGAUUGGUGGCCAACAACCUCAUCUUCCACACCACGUGCUUCUGCUGCAAGCAUUGCAACACCAAACUCAGUCUGGGGACCUAUGCAGCGCUGGCAGGGGAGUUCUACUGCAAACCACACUUCCAGCAGCUCUUCAAGAGUAAAGGGAACUACGACGAGGGCUUCGGCCGCAAGCAGCACAAGGAGCUCUGGGCCUCCAAGGAUGCAGAGAGCAUCACCAAGACCGCAUAAUCCUCAAUGAUUUCCAAAGCACCUUUCUCCUCCCUAUCCAAUGAUGAUGACCCUUUAUAUACUCUGCCCUCAUCAAUACACGCAUACACACACACACACACACACACACACACACACACACUCAUUUCAAGCACACAAGCAGUUGAUACAGGUUUCUCCUCUUAUCACAACACAAUCACAGAUAUACCACCACGUGAUAAGGUUGAUUAGCUUCCCCCUCUGUGUGUUGUUGUUCAUUUAAUUUUUUUGUCCUCCCACCCUUCCUUCUCUGCUUGGUUUUCAUUUUUAUUUAGCUUUAGAAAAUGUCUUUAUUUUAUUUAUUUUUUUUUGUAGUGUUGUGGAGUUAACAGUUAGUUGAUUGUGACCAAAAUCUUUGCGUCCCUAUAGGUGGGAUGAUUCACUUAUCAGCGUCAUUACGAUCUGUUUGGCAGUACUAGUGUCGAUUUGGUUUUUGUUGGUUUUCGGUUUCAAGAUGGUUUAGAUUAUACACUCAGGUAAAGAUUCUGGGUUGUUGCAUCAAGAUUCUUCAGCAAUCUCUUAUGUGCAUAGUGAACCUAAACGUUUUGUUUUAUGAUCGAUAUAUGUCCCUCACUUCAGUUACAGGAAUCUGUACGGUUUUCCCCUAAAGUGGGGAAACUUGAUUUUAAUUUUUUGUCUUUAAUUUUUUGGCUUUGCUGGCGCAGGGUAUUUUAUCUGUGAAUCUACAGGGUUUCACUGUACUGUAAAGAACUCACUUGAGUUCACACCCCCCUUACUUUUCAUUCAUUUUUUCAUCCUUGUUUUAUCUUCUUUUGACAUUUAAGAAUUGCUAUUUGACAGAUCAUGUCAAAUCUAUGAUCCAAUCAGACAAUAUCAAUCUUAUUAAGCAUGAGGAUCUUUUACCAAAUGUAGUUGUAAACACCACAUUUGCUCAGAUAACAUUUAACUUUACUGAAUAUUUACCACUCUAAAAUUAAUUUGAUGACAAGUUAAGAUUUAGACUUGCUGAAACGUAGACACAGUCUUAUAUCAGCCAUAAUUUCUGGCGCCCUCUAGUGUUUUGGAUAAUAUUCUUUAUUCGACCUAACGCUUGUUAUUAUUUGCCAUCUAUUGAUGCCAUCUAGUGAUAUCCAUGCCCGUUUUAUUAAACAUAAAUAUUCCUUGCAUAUCUUAUUUUAGUGUUAAAUAUUGUUUCCUCAGUUAUUUCUUGUAAAGGCGUUUGUAGAUAAGUACCACUAAGCUGAGUGAAUGUACUGUGAUGAGCUGUAGUGUGUACAUAUGCCUUGCUGCAUGGGACCAAGCUUGUUCGACAAAAUUAAGAUAUUCACAGGGAACUAGGUCUCAGACGAAAUUACAUUUUAUGAUGCUUUCCCCCACGCCCCGGCCCCCCAACUCCACCACUUCCUGUCAUCGCAUCAAUUUUUUUUGACUGUUUCCUGUGGGCUUCUCUGUGAUGAGGUUUUGUGGGACUUUGAGCACAUACGUAUCCGUGUGGCUCGGAAGCAUUGCUCAGGAAUAUGGAUGGGUCGCAGUGAUCCAGCAGUGUCACCCUAGUGUUCAUUUGUUAAAAGCGGGUGUUCACUAAAUGAAUCAUCUUUACACUCUAAAUCCACAAACAGUCAGCAGUUGGGGUUCGAGCAGGAAGGGGGUUCUGUACAUCUGAAUGAACACUUCCAUCCCAGGUUUAAUAUGCACACAUCAGCGUGAAACUGUGACUUGUGGCCAUAAGCUGUGACCUCUCCAGAGGUUCAUAUAGUUGUGCACAAACAUCAUUAAUGCCAUCUUGUUGUUUCUGUUUUAAUACUGCUUCUUUUUUGGUUUUCUAGUGGAAUGUGGUAAAGCUGUUCUGAUAAGUCUGUAUUUGUUAAAUGCCAUAAGGAAGUGGUCUGUAGAUAGUUUUGCCUGUAGUUUUAGGGCCAUGAUAAUGGCUUGUUGUGUUUGCAAAUGUCUCGUCUGCCUUCCAGUGCAAUGGCCUUUUGUCUGUACGUUUGAGGAGAUUCUCCAUUUAGACUUGCUAAGCCAUUGAAUAUUAUACAAAAAUGUUCAACAACUUGAAUGCCACACAAGUCCCUGUGUGUGUAUGUUUAAGAUGACUGUGAAAUUGAAAUGCAUUGCGAGGUUUAGAUGACUUAUCGAAAGCUCUUGGCAUGAACGGAAAUAAUAUUUUCAUAUUGAGCCUUAUUUUAGUUGCUUUUUUAUUUUUAAGAAGCCUUUGUUUUCAGCUUCCUAUGAGUCUUUUUUUCCCCCCAAAUCAUCAGCUUUUUUUAAAUUUCAUAAUCAACUUUCCCACUUUCUCUCUGUAAAUGAUUUGGUCUUCUUCCCAAUGCAUUUUCUUUUCUGUCCAAAUGUGCUUUUAAUUUUGGAAGAAACUUUUUACAGACGCAAAUCACUGUGUUUAUGCCAAUUGUUGGUUGGGUUUGCACGCAGUGCGCCAAGGUACAAAUGACACAAUAUCCUGCAAACGCUCACUGUUUUUAUAAACUACAGAACUAAUAGGAAAAAGGUACGCUCUCAUUUGCUCUUUUCUUGUGGAUUUGUAGUUCCUGAAAUGUGUGAGUGUCUUUGUAAAUGUAUGGAUAUUUAAGGUUGCAAUAGAUUAUUUUUAAAUGCCGUUGACUCUAUCUGCAUGCGUUGAGUGAGGAGAUAAAUGUACGCAAAGUGUAUUACUCUAUAUCUAAAAACUUGAUCAGUGGAACAAGGUGGCCUUAAAGCAGAGGGAGGUCUUGGCUCUUUACUUGUGUCUUUUGUCUCCCAUUAGGUUUAUUUUUGUCUCAGUAUUUUUAUCUGCCCUCCAGUUCAACUGCUACAAGAAUUUCUAAUAAAAUAUGAUUUUGCUUUCUUUCUCUUGCCACAGUUUUUUUCUCAUCUUUUUCUUUUCCUUUUUCUCAUUUUUUGUACACCCUUUUGGAGAAAAACAAUAAACGAUAUGCUGGUGUUGAUCAA